AUGAUGCAUGUUUUACCUUUGCAAGCACAAUUCCAUGUACCCAAAAAUCAGCAGGUGAAAACGAAUCACAGGCAUCCCAUUCUUGAAGUGAAAGUUGUGUUGAAUUUUAAUUUACCUGAUCAAGAAGAUGCAAUUAAAGGAUUUAUCCAAGAAUUCAAAGAUCGAAAACAAGAAUCGCGUUUCAAAGAUGUCGGCUAUGAUGGGGGAUUAGGAAAUAUCUCUGCGAUUGGCGAAUUUUUCAAGGAACUGAAUCUGGAAAAUAUCUGGAUGGGAGAUGGCAUUUUAAACUGCCUCAAAACUUUCUAUCCGAAUACUCGUCUAAAGGAAGCAUUAAAAGUUCGGAACACUGGUGGAUUUAUUAAAAAAGUUUAUGAUUGGACCGUAGAUAAGAAAUCCAUGGUGAGAAAUUCUUUGGAUUUGGAAGUGGAUGGUUUUAUAACAAAUUUUCCUAAAAAAGUACUCAAAGUGCUCAAAGAAGGGAAAUAUAAAAAGAAGUUCCGAGUUGCGAUCAAGUCUGAUUCUCCUUUCGAGAAGUUUAAAGGAUAAUAUACAUGUAAAUCAUUUAAUAAUAGACCAUUUUAUAUUAUCGUAUUAUUGAAAAAAUAAAAGCCAUU